AUGGUUCAGUUGAAACAGGUUUCUCUUCGUUUGAAGUCUAUUAAAAAUAUUCAGAAAAUCACUAAGACUAUGAAAAUGGUGUCCGCUAGCAAGUUUACGAAAGCGGAACGCGAAUUAAGUUCUGCCCGACCUUUCGGUUACGGACCUCGGAAAUUUUACGAGUCCAGUCACUUGGUGAAACCAGAGAAGAAACCAGAUGAUAAAUCCAAAGAUGAACCGCCGCCAGAACCGGUUGUUGGGAAAAUUGAGGAGGGAAAAGAUGCGAAGAAAGUGAAAAGACUAUACGUCGCUGUGACUUCAGAUAGAGGCCUGUGUGGUGGAGUGCAUUCUGGUAUAUCUCGUCGCAUCAGGAAGAACCUGACCGAUCGUAGUGUGGAGCCCGCCAGCAAUAAACUGAUCUGUAUCGGUGACAAAUCCAGAGCGAUCCUGAGACGCAUCUUCAGCGAAAAUAUGCUCAUGAAUGUCAAAGACAUCGGUCGCAUUUCUCCAGUAUUCGCGGAUGCGUCCGCUAUAGCAGCAUCUAUAAUGCAAUCAGGGUUCAUAUACGAUUUAGGAGAAAUCUACUACAAUAAAUAUUUCAGUGCCGUUAAAUACGAGCUAACUAUCAUCCCUGUCUUCCACAAGGAUAAAAUUGAGCGAGCACCAAACAUGCACGCCUUUGAUGAUGUUGAGGAGGAUCAACUCGAGAGCUAUUCAGAAUGGACGUUGGCUGCUCUUCUGUUCUACGCUCUCAAGGAAUCUGCAGCAUCAGAACAAUCAGCUAGGAUGGCUGCCAUGGAUAAUGCCACCAAGAACGCUGAUGACAUGAUCAAGAAGUUAACUCUCCUCUUCAAUAGAACUCGCCAGGCAGUUAUCACGAGAGAACUCAUAGAAAUUAUAUCUGGAGCAGCUGCUCUCUAA